UUCGGUGGUGCUGACGAGUGACGAGUUCACCGGGGGUGCGAAGCUGAAGUCCGACGACGCCCUGUUCGUGGUGCAGGUCGAUGCCGAUGUCGUCAGCGGGCGCUCUGAGGUGUUUGCCGCGCAGGACUCGCACGCGAUCGUGGACCUGGAUGCGAUUAAGGCCCCGGUAGUAAUCAAGGGUCUCGAAGUGAUCCAGGACCUGGAGGUGAGCGCCGUCAUCAUCGACUACCUGGAGGUGAGCGGCGUGAUCUGCGAGUGCCUGAAGGUGACCAACAUGUUUUGCGAGUGCAUGGAGGUGACCGUCCCGACCUUCGCGUGCCUGGAGGUGCCCGUCGGCAUCUACGAGUGCAUGGAGGUAUCCAUCGACAUGGUCGAGUGUGAGAAGGUGAUGGACGUGAUCCUAGGCCUGGAGGCCAUAGUGGGACUGGAGGGGAUCCAGGGCCUGGCAGUGGUCAAGGGCCUCGAUGUGACCAUCAAUGUUCUCGCGUGCUCAGAGAUGACCGUUGUCUUUGUCGUGUGCCUGGGAAUGAUCGUGCACAUGGUGGACCGCAGCCUGGGCCUCCCCAGCUCCCUGAUGAAGUUGGAGGUGACAGCCGUCGGCUUCGGGUGCGUGGAGGUGCCCUCCGUGAUCCUGGGCCUGGAAGUGGUAGGGGGCCUCGGCGUGGGCGAGGACCUGGUGGCGAUCAAGGGCCUGGAGGUGGCCGUCGUCCUUUUCGCGAGCCUGGAGUUCGUCAGCUCCGAGUGCCUGGAGGUGACCGUCGUGAUCUUCGCGUGCCUGGAGUUGACCGUCGUCUUUGUCGGAUGCCUGGAG